AUGUCUAAGGCCCCUCCCACAAACCUCUACCAGAAGAAAUCAUUUUCCAGAGAGGAAUGGAAUGAUAUAAUUGCAAACCAGACGUUACAGUUUAACUUGAGUGAUAGGAGGUCCAAUACUGCCUCCACCACAUCAUCUGCCUCAUCUAUUGGAAGCCAAAGAAGAGAACCAGCAAUCCCCAGACUUCUUCUGAAUUACUUUGUAUCAAUGGCUUAUUUAGAAUCGAGCCACAUGAUGACGAAGGAAUUGGGUAUUGUUAAUGAUGAUGAUAAGGAUGAAGGGUUACAUUUUAAAAAUUUCGAUCAGUUAUAUAAGAUCGGUAUUCGAUCAAAAAUUAUUAAAUUGAUUAAAAAUGGGAAAGUUUUGGAUGCUAUGACUGUCAUUAAUGAAAAUUUUGGCAUAGAAGUGAUGGAAUCAGAAAUUAAUCAAUCCGGCCAGGAAGACAGUGAAGAUUUGCAUUUCAAAUUACUAUUACUGAAUCUUGUAGAAAUGAUUAAAGAGCAUCAAUAUCACAAAACUUUGCUUAACAAUAAGACUAGUGAUGACAACGAAAAUGAAUUUAUAAUGAAGUUAAUUGACUAUUCAAAGGAGAAAUUGGCUAUAAAGGCAUCCACAAAUAAAUCGCAUAUGGAUCAGUUGGAAUUGGUUAUUACACUAUUAUUAUUUCCCAAAGAUCAAGUCAACAUUGUAACUUUACCAAAGCCAUUGCAAAAAUUAUAUUCAUUGUCACUAAGGACCAAGAUUGCAGAAUCAGUUAAUAAAAAAUUAUUAAGUGUUAUUCAUGUAGAUAUCUGCAAUCAAACAAAAUUCCCAGAUUUAUUAAAUGUUAAUUUGCAUUUCAAUAGGAGUUAUUAUGAUGAUGUGUUUCAAAUUAGACCCAAAACAAACACCAGAACAAAGAGAAGUCAAGAGCAAGAAAAGAAUCAAGUAAUAUUAGAACCCCCAAUGGCAAAUGACCACUUAGAAAGUUCUAUGGAAUUAACUGGCAAUGAAAACAAAGAGAAGAUGACUAAUUCUAAUAAUGAAUGGAUAAACACAAACAAGAAACUAAGAAGAAAGAAUACGGGAUUUGAAGGUAAUUUGUCACAAUUCCAAUAUGAGGCUAAGUUAACCCAAUUAAUGAAACUAUGGGCAUGGUGUGAAAAUGAAUUACAUCAAAACGAUAUUGGCGUUCCUCGAAUAGAAGGAAACGUUUAA